AGUGAGUGGCAGAGAGUGAAAGAGAGAGGGGGAAGGGCCACACUUGGAUCUAUAAGAGCACAGUUACUGGCUUUAUCCCUCGUGUGACACACUCGGUGAAACAAACCAAAACCUCACCCACUCACACACAGUCACACCACAUGCUGCAGGACCGCUGGCUCAGGAUGGCGACACAGAGAAAAUGCCAUAAAUCCUUAGAUGUUGCUUUCUUAGUCUGUAUUUUUGCUGUCUUAUUUCAAGCUGUGAUUUGUGAAGAAAGAGUCAACCGCGGGGAUGGUGAUUUAGUUACUCCAACAGUAAAGGUGCAUGGCAAAGUUUCUCAGAUCCAGAUUGUCGUUUUCCCCACCAUUUUACCUGAUUCAUGGACCUCAAAGACACCAGGAGUGGACAGUGAGACCACUCAACCAACUCAACCUGACACACAGACCCCAGAUCAGACCCACACAAACCCACCUGAAAAAGACAGUGUUACUUCAAAGGGCAAUGUGGUCUGUGUGGAUAAAAUACCAGUGCACUACAAAUAUGAUGUGCUGCUGAAACUAAAGGCCUCCUCCACAUGUGAAGAGACUAAAGCCAGGAUACAGAGUGUUCUAGAACAUCUCUGUGGUGAAGAUUGCAAACUGGAAAUCUAUCAGAAAGACAACACAGAUGAGAUCAUGGUUUAUGGAGACAGCAUUGAAGCUGAUCCUGAAGGCAUGGCUGGGAAGUUCAACAACGACAACAUUACCGAUAAGGUGGAAGUCGAUGAGGCGGUGUCUCGUAUGGGCCAGCGCUCUAAAAUUGUCUUGAUCUCUCUUCUGAUUGCGGGUUUGCUUCUUGCUGCUUUGCUAAUAGCUGGAUACUUUCUAAAGACUCAUCGAGCACAAUCAAAAGGGCUACGACUGGCUGAGGACUCCUUCCAAGUGGAUCAAGAUAACCAAGGCAACACACUGCUGUCUGUGGCUCCUCUGCCUCAACAGGAGCCUUUGGACAAGCCCAUCAUCAAUGGAGAGUCUCCAGACUCACCCCCCACCAAUGGACACUCCGCCACCCAGACACAGGUGGUCGAUACUCCGAUGUAAGAGGCUCGAGUCAACAUCAAUCCCAUGACCGACACGAGUCAACAAAUGCCAUGGGUUAUCAUACACAACAACAUUAGGUGUGAUGAAAACUACGACUGAGGUGAUGCUGAGAGAAACAAUGAUGAAAGUAUGAAAAAACUGUUACGUGAGAAGACUGGGCAGCCUUUUGGAAUAUGAAUAAUAACGCUUCAGAAACAACAUCUAUUAUAUACAAACAUCAAACAUUUACACUUUCAAAUAUGUUUUAACUCCAACAGUGCAAAAAUUCUUUAGAGAUCUUCCAUGCCAAAGCUUCUCUUGAGGAAUUUGUAAACUGUAAAAUGAUUAAUAAGAUUUGUGUUAUACGUUUACAUGAGCCAAAAUCUCAGUUCUCCAUUUCCAGUAUGGAACACAUUCUCAAGUCUACAACUGCUGCAGUAGUAAUGGUUAACAGUCAAGUAUGUUUGUUAACAUUAGUUAAUGCAUUAUAGGGAUAGUUCAUCCAAAAAUGAAUAAUCGGUCACCAUUUACGCACCCUUAAGUUGUUCCAAACCUGUAUGAAUUUCUUUCUAACCAAACAGUUGAUGGGCCCUAUUGACAAAAUACUAUGAAAGUCAACUGUUUGGUUACCAACAUU